UUGAUGAGUGCGCCAUGUUUCUCGUGAUGUUCGAGCGUUAGAGAAAAGUUUUUCAGAAAAGCGUGAUCCGUAUGAGCAAAAUGGCUGAUGAUGACCCGUGGCUAUUGAAGGAGGACGGUUGCUUGAACGUGGACACCGAGUGCAAGAGUAUUAUCUAUCACGCCAAUCUAAACGUUCUACUCAUCACUACUGGCAGCGCACAAGUAUACGUGUUCGAUGUCAACUCCGGCGUGAUCCUACAGAGGAGUUCUCUGUCUGGUAAACCUAAUGGGAAAUUGCAAGGAAUUUAUUUAUCAGAUGGAAUAGACAAAGUGCUGUAUACAGAUGGACGAGGGAUUGGCAUACGUAGCGAUUACAAUGGGGUCCUGCUAUUAGAUACAAUUUUGCAAACCCCAGUUUCUAAAAGCGAGGAUGUCAUAAAGCUGGAACUAUUACUGUCGGAGGCGACGAUAUUGCUUCAAUGCCUACAAUGUGUAGAAUUGCCAGGUGUGGAACAUAUGCUGGAGGUGCUGCGAGAACUGUCAAGAAAAAUUACUACAGCACAAGCAAAUCAGAAAAAGGGUAUUAAAGCUCAAAAAUGGAAUACGAUAUGUUUGGAAUUAUCGCAUGGAUAUUUAAAACUCGUCUGCUCUGGUUUAGUAAUGGAAUUAAAAAGGCAAAAUCGGCAUAUAGCAGCACUGCCCAUUGCCUCCGCGAUCAAUGAACGACUAAAUGGCCUAUUGCCUAGUCUUGCGUUAGAAGGUGGUCCCACUGAUAGAGCAUUAAUGUUUAGUGAAGCAGCACGUCGUAAUACUUUUCCAAAAUGGCCACAUAUGAAUUACAAAUGGGCUUUACCUGAUCAAAUGGCCCAGGCUGGUUUCUAUCAUGAGCCAAAUGCUACAGGAGAUGACAGAGCGAUGUGUUUUACUUGUAACGUAUGCUUAGUAUGUUGGGAGCCUACUGACGAGCCAUGGUCGGAGCAUGAGAGGCAUUCGCCCGCAUGUCCAUUCGUUAAGGGUGAAUACACACAGAAUGUUCCAUUAUCCGUGACUCUUGCAACAGCUCCCGCUCGUGAGGCAGGCGAUACGGUGGACGUCAUAGGUACUACUAAUGUCACAGGCCUCGCGGCUACAGCCUCUUCCAAUGGUUUUGUAAAUAUUUGGAAUAUAACGAAUCAAUUGAAGAGAGAAGUAUCAUUUUAUAUAUCACCUUUGGAUCAAGAAAUAAACAAUAAGGAAUCGAUACAAUUUUGUGCUGCGAGAAAUUUGACGCCUCCGUAUUUAACAAAUCUAGGCUCAGACUCGGAUCCACUUUCGGAAUACAAGCCUUCGUCGUUCUAUAAAGUACAAGUUACAGCACUUUCAGUAGUGGGAUCUCCAGUAACCCUGAGAGAGGAAGCGAAAAGCACCAACUCCUCGUCGUCUAUAAACAUUGAGACGACAGAGCAUAAGAUUCGACCGUGCUUAGUGUGUGGGGUUACAGUGACAGUUAACAAUCCCUCGCAAUUAAGAACUUUAGAGAAUGUGUGGGCUGCCUCGAGCGAUCUAGCGAGUUCAUCGUCGUUAGUUCGUGCAAUGAACAGUGUAAAUAGUGCUGCCAGUGAUACUCUAGAUAUAAUGAAGGUAGCGGGUGAUAGGUACAUAUCGUCGAGGUUGCAUUACUUAGUAUUGUAUGACUUUCAUCAUAAGGCUGCAACGGCGCAACCUAUCAAGGAAGAUAAUUCUAAAGAAUCAAAGACUAAGAAGACCCUAUCUGGAACAGGAACUAGCGCUAGCUCGAAUGGCGGACGCCAGGAAAGCUUGUACCAGGAGCUCUUCCUUAGUAAAAUUUUUUAUGAAGUGCCAGUUAUCGAAGAUGUAGACUCGGAUAUGGUAGUCGGUCCGCAUUACGACGGUAUCUUCCCACCCAACACUUUAACCGCCUCGUCCUCCAACGGCAUUUAUUCGAGUCCCAUUGGUAUUCCCUUUGGUCCGACCCCGACGACGUCAACUCCCUACGAUCCCAAUUUUCCUCCUAUUAACGGUUCGACCCACUUUGCAUCGACAUCUGACUUGACAACGAUAAACAAAAAGAGCUUAGAUCUUAUGAAGAUUACCAAAGCAGAACCGGUAGUCAUCAAAACGUUGGCGAUAAACGCUCCAGACUCUCUCCGCAUUACGUACAUAAUUACGUCUAAGGACGGAAGAUACCUGUAUGUCGCCAUGUGUCCCGCUGAUAACGCUUCCGUCGAAUCUUCUUCGUCAAAUACCAAUCAGAUGGAUGUUGAUGACGAAAGCGAUUUCUUCCCGCAGAAAAGUUAUAUGUACUGGGACCAUAAUGAUAGUCAAUCGAGCAAAUUGAUAAACGGCGAGAUCCACAGUAACGAGAGCAACGCGAACGCCCUGUUGCUUGUAUAUGCUUUGGAUUUCACGGGCUCGGUAGUAAAAGUAGCGUCGGAACCGCUGGUGAAGCGAGAGUUAUCUUUGGAACAGGCGCCAAUAGAACAUGUAUUACUUCCACUUCAAGAAAAACAAAAGUGCACGUCAUUUUCUACUAAUUCUAGUACCAAUUCCACUAAUAAUUCAGUUAUUCAGGAACCUACUGGACAAGUUGCUCUUGUAUGUAAAGACGGUGUGGUCAGAUUAUUAAACUUAAGUACGCUGAAGACUGUAAUGGAAGCGAGAUUAGAUGGAAAGAAAUUUAUUUCUGCGACUUAUUGCAACAGUUUGGAAAGGCUGUGUGUGUGCACGAGCGAUGGCACAUUGCAUUUUUUCAUUACAGCGGAGGAGGAGGACUCUACAGAGGAGAAAGACGAUGUUGAUGAUGUGAAUAUGGGUAGUGAAGGAAGUUGUACUUGUGAAAAUAUAGCUCCUAGUACAUCAACUUCAUCGAUUUGUUACGACGAAUUAUUAGCACAUAAAUCGAAUUUCUCAUACUGGGACUUAGGGCUGUUGUACGAACUUACACGAUUUAGUCGACAUUCCCCUGCAUAUAGCGCGACCGUCCCUCCGUGUUGGAGUGAAAUGAUGCAAGCUCAGAGACAAAGACGUCAUCCGCAGCAUCUUCAUCAAUCAGAAGAUCAGCAUCAUACGAGAACGUGGCGGUUACAAAGUGAUGCGACUACUUGGGAUGAACACGUAUUCGAACUUACUUUACCUCGAAGCGCAGCAGGAAGUAUAGGACACGUUGAUGUCCGAUUUACCUUGCAUCCGUUCUAUCAAGAGUUACCCAAUAUUCAAGUUACUUUGUUGAAGCAAAAUAUAAAGAGGAUCGGUCAUCAGAAGAUACCAACUACCCCCAUAGACGAGAGAAUUGAAUUUAACAUAGGAACCGAACAAAAGAACGAAAAUCCAGUUAUCACAGAGGAGUAUCAACGCCAGCAUAAUACGGAAAUCCUUUGUGGUCCUAUCGAUUUACAUCGUUGUGUAGAUCUGUCUUGUCAUAUGGGAUGUGUAACAUUGACAAGCCCGAAAUUGUUUCGCUCGAAAGCUAGGACAUUGCUCGUUCACGUCAAAGCUUUAGUAGAUCAAAAGGAUGGAACGUCUACGAAAUCUAAAGCAAAUUUAGGAGAAAGUAAACCACCAACUUGUAAAAAACUAAAGAUAUUUGAAGUACGUCCGCUUGUGCCCCCUAAUGCUGGAGAACGAUUUGAUGAGGGGAAUAGCAAGAAGUUGGGAUGUUAUGUUGGGUGCAAUUGGAUUUACGAGAUCUCCAUCACUGUGAGAUCAGUAAAUCCCACCAGCAUGCCCGACGAAAGGAUGCAAAGAUGUGCUAUGUUAGAAUCCAAAACUUUUGUCGAUAAUCUUUUGAAUGUCGCAUGCUUGCAAGUACCUAUCGACUCUCCCGUCGUACAAUCUAUAGCUCUUGACAUUCUAAUAUGGGUAGCCUCAAUAAGAUUAACGAGGUUGCGCAGCGUUCAGAACAGCGCUGAAAUUAAAGCUCUUCAAUUGGAGACGAUACGUUCUGUGCAAGGACGACUAUCCAGCUUAUUACGAACAUGUCUCUUGCAUGCUGGGAGAAGUAUAGCGCACAAAUGUGUUAAAUUAAUUAUUCUUUGCAGCGGGGGAUUUUAUAACAUUGAGGAUUCAUCGGUUCAAACCUUUGAUGAGGCCAUGCUCUCUGUAUUGGUCAAUUUGUUACCGUCAAUAAUGGAAGUUCACUGGGCUGGUUCACUGAGAUGGCUUCAAUUACUCAUUACUAGAUUUUUACCAUUAGAUAAAAAUUACAGUAUUGCACAUAAAUGUGUCACCCUGGUGCAACAGAUAGCCACUGAAGUAUCUAAUAGAGUGAAUCCAUACCAUUUGCUGCUCGCGACAAGAUUCGGUCUAUAUAACACGCCUUUUGAAACGGAGCUUUUCGACUUAGAGCCACCAAUGUUACCAAAAUUUAGUUCAAUACCCGUGACGUAUGCAUCUGUUGUAACCAGUGAGCAAACAGGCCCUCCUGUUGCUUCGUCGAGUGCUAUACACUCGUCCAAGAUAUCACAAGAUUCUAUUGAUUUGAGGGACCUACUCACACUGCCUACACAUCCCGCUAGUGAAUUUGUAAUAUCCAGCAAGUUGAAGGCAUUGUGCACCAAUCAGAAUAUGAAAGGCCUCCUCGAGGUUGAACCUCUUCAUUUUACUUGUCACGCUGCCUCUGACGGUACGAAGAUGGAAAAGAUCGAUCCUGGUAUGAAUACAAUUAAUAUUGGACCCACUUUGUAUGAUAGUGCAGCGACAAGUAACAAUGGUGUGCCUGAUAUUAAAACGAUACAUCACACAUAUAACUUGGAUGCUGGAUCGCUAGGACCACAUGUUCAAGCUAAAUCGACAGCUACAUUAAGCGAUCUGCUUAGUAUGUAUACGGGAAGAGUUUUAAAGAAGCCGUCUGCGCAACUAUUGCUCACACCCGAUGAACAAUCGGAUUAUGAUGAGGCUAAUGAAAUGUCUAGUGACAACCAGACUUGGCAUAGCACACAAAAUAAUAUGCCUAGUUCACACAUAUUAAGUUCCAUUAUAACAAAAGAAAAGUCAUGCGUACAAAGUAUCAAUACUGCUGUAAACAAAGUUGAGGAGAGCAAUUCUAAAAAGCGAGACGAUAUUACAUUCCCGUGGGGAAGGUUGCUAUGCUGGCCGCCUCAGCAAGCAUUGGUCGUCGAACGGAUGCAUUCGGGAGCCCGUCGAUUCGUUAUUUUAGAUUUCGGAUCACCUGUAUUGCUAACCGAUUUGAUGAUACCUUCGUGUAAUGAUUUGGUAUCGCUGUCCAUAGAUAUUUGGACUAAGAGCGAAGAAAUAGAUGGCACGCGGCUUAUCGUCGCAGGUGAUAUUGGAGGUAGACCGUUGAUCGUCUGCGAUCUUCAGCCGCCACCUGUGUGUAGAUAUCUCAAGAUCACUACAAUAGGACGCUAUGGAAUGUCCACAACUACGUGUAAAAUACCAUUAGGAAUGUUUUACGGACAUAUGGUAGUUUUGCCUGGGGAAGAUUAUUCGGAAACAAAUGAUGCUUCAUCAUUUGAUGCCGAUAUUUUUGAUUCUUCUUUACAAGCUACCAUUGAUACACAAUGUAAUAUAUUAUCGGCUUUAGCAGAAGAUGUACAAUGCAGAUUUAGUUUAGCUACUGAAAGACUAAAAACUUUGUUGGAUCCAUUAUUGUGUUCGGAAACUCCUAAUGUUAUGCAUAUGCAAAAUUAUCUAUGUUAUAAUAAGAUACCUAAUGAAAGUAAGGAACAACCAUCAGCGAAAAUAAUGUCGACGUACCAAGAAUGCAUUAUGUUCCAACAUCAAUUAAAUGUCGUACGGAGUGUCUGGCGACGUCUCGAGUGGUGGAGAGGUAUGCGGAAUGUGCCAACUACAUCUUUCGCGAACGCACCCAGCGACAAAUUACGAGUUCUUGAAGAGACUCUUCUUGACAUUCUACUGUAUAUCGUGUACGAAAUUGGUCCAUUACCUAAUGUAUAUCGACCAACAUCAUUAUAUGAAGUUUUCACUCCAACAAUUUGUGAGAAAUUUUUCCAUUCAAUAUGCGUUGUAACGCCAGCCCCACGUUUGCAACUUCAAGCUGCUGCGCUCUUAGCUGGUAUGGCAGGGCAUCAACCAUGGUGGGGCAACUUCUUAUCUAAUACCUUGAUAAAUCUUUACUCGUCGGCGUCUACACACAUUUUCCCACAAGAUAGAGUGUUUAUUUUACUAACAUUCCUUGGACGGAAGUCAUUAAUAGCCGGGGGAAAUAAAUCUUCAGUUAUUGAAGCCAUGGUUCGUACGUUGGGUAAAUUAUUGGCUCCUCUUACGAACGCGCCAUCCAAUUCUAAUCGACUGGACAUCACCUUAAUAGGCUGGGUAUUAUUGUUUCUGUCAGUAUGCUUAGACACCAUCGCACCACCGCCUUGUUUCGAGGACAAUCAUGAGAAAACUAGAGAACAAGGUUUAUUUUCCCGUUGGGAGUUUAUUCAAGGAGAAUCGGCCAUGCAAAGGAGAUAUGUAAAUGCUAACCGAUCGUCAGCCUCUCGUAGUUACCGUAAAAGAUUACAAAAGCGAUUGUUGCAUCAUAAACAGCAACUUCAUGAAUUAGAACAAGCGAAAAAAUCUGCAGCGUCUAAA